CGCACGCGCCUAGCCAGUGCAGUGACUCACACGUACAGUGAAGUGCUUACGGAGUUGGAAUGCGCAUCUCUGUGUUUUUAGUUUGAAGUUGAACAGUGAGUUUGAAAAGAGGUUUUAUUGACUCUACGGUGCGAAACGGCGACACAUAUGACUCCACGUAUAAACGGUGAAAAAUGUGUUUGAUUGAAAGUACAAACCUCUGUAGUGAUAUCAGACGAACGUAUAUCUGUGAGUGUAAAAAAUCGAGUUGAAAAGACGGAAAAUCGCCAACAAUGGAAUAUGGUUGAACUGUAUACAGAACUGUGCUUCCCGAGGAUCGCUUUAUGCAGUGUAGCACUAUUUGAAACUGAAAUUUUGAGAAAAAAAAGUUGUAAAUAAAUAAUAUAGUUAAACGUUGUCCUUUACAUUUGUAUUUCGAAAUUUUUAAUCAUCGAAGCGGUUGUCGUAUUUUUUGUGAUAAUUCCUAGUAUUAAUAUUAAGUGGCAAAACUCGGUUGUGAUGUGUAUAGUGUAAGUAGUUGUAAGUCUGGACUGGAUCUACUAGUUCUAUUUCUACUGGGGUCUGGGUUCUGAUUCUACUGGGGUAUUCUAAGUCCCCUGGGGUCUGAUUCUGCUGGGGUAUUCUGAGUCCCCUGGUGUCUGAUUCUACUGGGGUAUUCUGAGUCCCCUGGGGUCUGGCGCGGGUGGGCCGCGUGUAAUGUCAGGUAUCUGUGACGUGGCGUUUGGCGCAGGCGCAGGUCGGCGCCAGUAAGAUGCGAUUGAGGCGCCGCGUGCACAUCGCCCUUCUCGCCGCCUGCCUACUCUACCUGACGGGAGCCGACGCCGCCGACGAAGAGAUAAUUGAAACACAGCCGCCAUACGAGAAUGUUACGCAGACGACAGUGGUUGGAGUACCGCCCGUGAACGAUACCGCCAAUAUAUUUAUCCGAUAUCUAACACAUCCGCCCGAGAUAACCAUCCGGCCGCGCAACCUGCAGGUGCGAGCGGGCGGCAUUGCGGCGUUCUACUGCGCGGCGCGCGGGGAUCCCACGCCCAAUAUCCAGUGGCGCAAGAACGGCAAACGUGUCUCAACCAUGCAGUCCCGAUACCAGGUGUCGAGCAUGGACUCGGCGGCGGGGCCGGACGCGAACGGCGCGGUGCUGCGCAUCGACCAGGUGCGGGCGCAGCGCGACGACGCGACAUACGAGUGCGUCGCCGAGAACGGCGUCGGAGAUGCUGUCAGCGCCCUCGCCACACUCACUGUGUUCAAAGCGGACAACGUGCCCCCCGGUUUCCCGUCAAUCGCGACUCCGCCGUCGACCAUGGUGGUGGAGGUGGGCCACACGGCGACCAUCCCCUGCCAGGCGACCGGCAACCCCCCGCCCCGUAUCCGCUGGUUGUGGAACUCCCUGCCGCUGGACGUCGCCUCCAACCCUAGAUACGCGCUGCUCAACGACAAGAUGCAUGGAACCCUACAAAUAGUUAAGAGCGAGGAAGGUGAUCACGGCAAGUUCGAGUGUGUUGCCGAGAACGCCAUCGGUACAGAGUUCUCCAAGCCCACAUCAUUGUACGUCAAAUUGAGGCGUGUGUCACCCCAGUUCUCUAUUCCACCCCCGCCCCGCACGGAGGUGAUGCUGGGCGGGAACCUCACGCUGAAGUGCGUCGCAUUCGGCUCGCCCAUGCCUACCGUUAAGUGGAGGAAAGGUAUGACGACAUGGCUGACGCCCGAGGACAAUCCGCCGCUGGGUCUAAACACGCUCAAGUUGGACAACAUCCGCGAGUCGGCCAACUACACGUGCGAGGCGGCCAGCGUGCUCGGCAUGAUCGAGGCGACCGCUGAAGUCAAAGUGCAGUCUCUCCCAGGGUCGCCGACAGAGGUGCGGGCGUCGGAGGUCACAGCCACCACCGUGCGCCUCGCCUGGACCUACAGCGGGCCCGAGGAGCCGCAGUACUACGUCAUCCAGUACAAACCCAAGUCUGCCAAUCAGGCGUUCAGCGAGAUAUCAGGCGUGAUCACCCAGUACUAUUCUGUCACGAACCUGUCGCCGUACACGGAGUACGAGAUGUACGUCAUCGCCGUGAACAACAUCGGCCGAGGCCCGCCGUCCGCUCCCGCCGUCAUCACCACGGGAGAGACAGUGGAUUCACUAUAUGGAGGAGCGAAACCUGGAUCGGCGCCGAAGAAUGUCCAAGUGCGGCCGCUCAGCUCCAGCACCAUGGUGAUACAGUGGGACGACCCCGACACACCUAACGGACAAGUCACGGGCUACAAAAUUUACUACACGUCAGACCCCUCGCAACCGCUGCAGUCUUGGCAAUCACAGAUGAUGGACAACAACCACCUAACCACGAUCAGCGAGUUGACACCACACACCGUGUACACGAUACGCGUGCAGGCUUUCACCCUGGUGGGACCGGGACCCGUCUCCGCGCCCGUUCAGGUCAAGACGCAGCAAGGAGUACCGUCCCAACCGUCGAAUCUAAUGGCGGUGGAGGCGGGCGAGACGUCUGUGAUGCUGACGUGGCGGCGGCCCGCGCACGCCGGCGACAAUAUCGUGUCAUACGAACUGUACUGGAACGAUACCUACGCCAAGGAGCAUCAUAGAAAACGGAUACCGAUAACGGAGACAUACACCCUCAACGGCCUGUACCCCAACACCCUGUACUACAUCUGGUUGGCGGCGAGGUCGCAGCGGGGGGAGGGCGCCACCACCCCGCCCAUUGCCGUGCGGACGAAACAAUACGUUCCCGGAGCGCCCCCGAUGAACGUGACGGCGGUGGCGAUAUCGCCGACCGCCAUUCGGGUGACGUGGCAGCCGCCGCCGGCGGAGCGCGCGAACGGCCGCAUCGCCUACUAUAAGCUUCUUUGUGUGGAAUCCGGGCGGGGGGAUUCGGAGGCGACGGUGGUUAAGCUGAACCAGACGAGCUUCGUGCUGGACGAGCUGCGCCGCUGGACCGAGUACCGCAUAUGGGUGCUCGCGGGCACCAGCGUCGGCGACGGCCCCGCCUCCUACCCCGUCACUGUCCGCACGCACGAAGACGCUAUCAAGAUGCCCGGGGAGCCGCAAGACGUGAAAGUGACGUCCAUCAACUCGACGUCGAUCCACGUCACGUGGAAACCUCCCCAAGAAAAGGAGAAGAACGGAAUUAUCCGCGGCUACCAUGUACACGUGCAGGAAGUUAGAGAAGAGGGCAAGGGUCUCCUGAACGACCCUAUGCGGUUCAACGUCAUGGACGACGUGACGUUAGAGCUGAACAUAUCCGGGCUGCAGCCGGACACGCGGUACAAUGUGCAGGUGGCAGCGCUGACGCGGCGUGGUGACGGUGACCGCAGUGCGCCGGUGUCGGUCAAGACGCCCGGCGGAGUGCCAAACCGACCCACCGUCAAUCUCAAGAUUUUAGAAAAGGACCCCAUUGUGUCGAUAGAAAUAGAAUGGGCGAAACCAACUCAAACUUACGGAGAAUUGCAAGGCUACAGAUUAAGAUAUGGUAUCAAAGAUCAGCCGCUAGAAGAGCUGAACUUUUCCGGAACCAAAGUUACCUCGCAUAGAAUUAAUGAUUUGGAAAGAGGAGUGCAGUACGAGUUUAGAGUUGCUGGCAUGAACCAAAUCGGCAUUGGACAAGAGACGAUCAAAUAUUGGCUCACCCCUGAAGGUGCGCCCAAAGGACCGCCUGCAAAUGUGACCUACCACUUCCAAACCCCUGAUGUUAUUAGUGUGACCUGGGAUCCACCAACGAGAGCAGACAGAAGUGGCCAGAUCAAGAAGUACGAUAUACAGUUUUACAAAAGAGGAGAUCAGUCCUCCUUAAUCGAGAAGACAACGGAACUCACUAAAGUUGUUUUCACUGGCUUAGAAGAAGACGCGUUUUAUGUGUUCAAAGUUCGAGCAUACACUGAUCAAGGCGCUGGACCAUACAGCAAAGAUAUUACUGCUCAUACAGAAAGAGAUAUUGGCAGGGCGCCUAUGUCGGUAAAGGCGGUUGCAACGUCUGAGUCUGGUGUUGAAGUUUGGUGGGAGCCCGUACCUUCGAGAAAGAAAAUAAUCGGGUACGUUUUAUUUUACACGAUGGCUCCUGUCGCGGAUUUGGAUGAGUGGCAACAAAAAACAGUGCAUAUCACGCACUCUGCAGACUUAGAAAACCUCGAGAAAUUUGCAGAGUAUGCGAUUGCUGUAGCUGCAAAAACCGCCGAAGGUCUAGGAAGGCUAUCCGAAAAGGUUACAGUUAAAGUAAGACCAGAAGAAGUGCCUUUACAUCUUAGAGCACAAGAUGUUUCUACGCACUCUAUGACAUUAUCGUGGUCGCCGCCGUUAAGAUUAAACCCAGUUAGUUAUAAAAUAUCGUACAAUGCCAUCAAAGAAUUUGUAGACUCUUUAGGCAUGACUCAAUCACAAGAAAUACCAAGAAAAGAAAUCAUUGUGAAACAUGACAGAACCUCGCAUUCAAUUAAUGAUUUAUCGCCGUUCACUACGUAUAAUGUUAAUAUAAGUGCCAUUCCUAAUGAUAAUUCGUAUAGACCACCAACCAAGAUUACGGUAACUACACAAAUGGCUGCUCCUAAACCAAUGGUGAAACCUGACUUCUAUGGAGUCGUUGAAAAUGAAAUACUCGUUAUUCUACCUCAAGCGUCCGAAGAAUACGGUCCUAUUUCUCAUUACUACCUAGUUGUUGUACCCGAUGAUAAGUCGCAUAAUCAUAAAAAUCCUGACCAAUUCUUAACAGAUGACCUCAUUAAAAAUAAUGCUCGAACAGAUGAUGAAAACGCACCAUAUAUUGCAGCCAAAUUUUUGCAAAGAAAUAUUUUAUACACCUUCCACCUUGGCAACGACGAAAUGUAUGAAGGAUUUCUCAAUCGAAAACUAAACCCAAGUAAAAAGUAUCGAGUAUUUGUGAGAGCAGUUGUGGAUACACCGCAAAAACAUUUAUAUACCUCAAGUCCGUUUUCGGAAUAUUUAUCAUUAGAUAUGCGAGAAGCGCCACCCGGUGAAGAACCUAGUCGCCCAGACCCGAAAGAUAUCAACGGUGAUCCAGAAAUAAGAAUAGAGGAGAAUAGAAAAGAGGCUGGAAUGGUUUGGGUGAUUGGUCCUAUUAUUGCGGCACUAAUGUUAUCCUUAUGCUUAGUUCUAUUGUUUAUUGUGAAGAGACGAAGACAGCCUUGCAAAACACCUGAUCAAGCAGCUGUUACCAGACCCUUGAUGUCAGCAGACAUUGGCUUCGGAGCACCAUCUGACCCAGUUGAAAUGAGACGAUUGAACUUCCAAACGCCGGCUAUGAUUUCACAUCCUCCAAUUCCGAUAUCCGAAUUGGCCGAGCAUAUCGAUAGACUUAAGGCUAACGAUAAUAUGAAAUUCUCCCAAGAAUACGAGAGUAUUGAGCCAGGACAACAAUUCACCUGGGACCAUUCUAAUAUGGAAGUUAAUAAGCCUAAGAAUCGCUACGCAAACGUAAUCGCUUAUGAUCAUAGUCGAGUAAUACUUCAACCUAUUGAUGGUAUACUAGGAAGCGACUAUAUCAACGCCAACUACUGCGACGGUUACCGUAAACAUAACGCCUAUGUUGCUACCCAAGGCCCACUGCAGGAGACUUUCGCUGACUUCUGGAGGAUGUGUUGGGAACUACGGACUUCGACUAUUGUCAUGAUGACUAAAUUGGAGGAGAGAACGAGAAUUAAGUGCGAUCAAUACUGGCCUAGUCGCGGCAGCGAAUCAUACGGUAUGAUGACGGUAUCUAUUGCCGAAGUUCAGGAGCUAGCUACGUACUGUAUUCGGACUUUCCAAGUGACGAGAAAUGGAGGUGCUGAGCGUCGCGAAAUCAAGCAACUGCAAUUUACGGCCUGGCCUGAUCACGGCGUUCCUGAGCAUCCUGCGCCAUUUUUACAAUUCUUGCGACGCGUGCGUGCUUUAAACCCUCCCGAUUCCGGACCACUCGUCGUGCAUUGCUCGGCAGGUGUCGGUCGUACCGGUUGCUUCAUUGUAAUCGACUCGAUGCUGGAGAGGGCUAGACACGAGCGCACCGUGGAUAUCUACGGUCACGUCACUUGCUUACGAGCCCAACGCAACUAUAUGGUGCAGACUGAGGAUCAAUACAUCUUUAUCCAUGAUGCUUUGCUCGAAGCGGUUAUUAGUGGUGACACCGAGGUGCCAGCUCGUAAUCUCCACCAGCACAUUCAGAAACUGAUGCGAGUCGACACCCUCGAAAAUAUCACUGGAAUGGAAUUGGAAUUUAAGAAGUUGGCUAACAUGAAAGCCGAUUCUACACGAUUUGGAAUUGCCAGCUUGCCUUGCAAUAAGCAUAAAAACAGGCUAGUGCACAUCUUGCCAUACGACACGACUCGCGUUUGCCUCACACCUCGCGAUGGUUCCGAUUACAUCAAUGCCUCCUUCGUCGACGGAUACAGAUACAGAGCCGCCUAUAUUGCUACUCAAGGACCUCUGCCUGAUACCACUGACGACUUCUGGUGUAUGCUCUGGGAACACAACUCCACUAUUAUCGUUAUGCUUACCAAACUAAAAGAAAUGGGACGGGAGAAAUGUCACCAGUACUGGCCGUCUGACCGCUCUGUCCGCUACCAAUGUUUCGUCGUCGAUCCAAUUGCCGAGUAUAACAUGCCCCAGUACAUCUUGAGAGAAUUCAAGCUAACUGACGCUCGCGACGGCGCGUCCCGGACGGUGCGACAGUUCCAGUUUAUCGACUGGCCGGAGCAGGGCGUGCCCAAGAGCGGCGAGGGCUUCAUCGACUUCCUAGGCCAGGUCCACAAGACUAAAGAGCAGUUUGGCCAGGACGGACCUAUCACGGUGCAUUGCAGCGCGGGAGUGGGCCGCACGGGCGUAUUCAUAACGCUGUCGACGGUGCUCGAGCGCAUGCAGUACGAGGGCGUGGUCGACGUAUUCCAGACCGUGCGCACGCUCCGCACGCAGCGCCCCGCCAUGGUGCAGACGGAGGACCAGUACGAGUUUUGCUACCGCGCCGCCCUCGAGUACCUCGGCUCCUUCGACCACUACGCGAACUGACGAUGAGACCUACUCGUCUAAACUCACUGUUAGGAACCCUCUCGUUUCCACCCUAUACUAUUGUCUACGACUAUUAGAUUCAAAUUUACAAAAAAUUAAACUUAGAAUUGUUGCAUUUAAAAAAACGCGCGCAUUCAUCAUUCCCGCGCUGUCAUCUGUUAUAUCUGACGUUUAACGUUCCAUUUUCAAAUCAUCGUCAGGGUUCCGGCAAGUUGACAGUUUUAAAAUAUAUACGACUGAUUGUAUUUUCAUUCACCGUUGUAUACUUAAAGGCUUAACAUAAUAUACGAGUGCCUAGGAAAAGUUACUUAUGAUGUAUAUCUACGACCACUGUAAUCAUGAUUGUGAGAUGAAGGGUAACCUAUAUAAUAUUAGCCCUAUCUACAUAGAUAUACUUUAUACGCGGUUCUAGCUAUUUUUAUCUAUAUAAGAACAACGUUAAACAAUGUGAGAACGUCGCAUUUAUCGUAAGAGAGUUUCGGAUAUAAAUAUCGUAUUAUGCCACGAAAUAUUGUUUGCUUAUACCUUAUUAGAGAACACACUGCGCUUAGAGACUUUACGCGGUUGAACACGUAUCAUGGUGUGUAAUGUAAAAAUAGUUAUUGCAGCUGUAAUUAGGAGUUUAUUUUUCAUAUCGGGUGUUAAAUAUGUUAGGUAGCGUAAAUUGUAACUCGUUUCAUAAUUGCAAUACAAAAAUAUUAGACGAAUCGGCUGUGUCGUGUGGAAUAUGUCAUGUGAGUAGAUCAUAAUUAUUAAUCUUGUGUAAAUCUUUUAAUUUUAAUUCCUGUAUCCCACGAGUAUCUCUUGCCCGUAUUU